AUGGUAUUCAAAACCCACAUCGAAGAUCAACCGCCAACGAUUGGAAACCCAGGCUCUCUUACCUAUCGGGAUCCCAAUAAGCUGAGACCCAUGGAACAAAACGCUUGUCGAUGUGUCCAAUUGGUGGCGGACUUGGUUCUCAUCAUGGAACAAGUCUUCCUUUAUACAAUCGUAGACAAACUUCCUCUUGAAGAACUUUGCAAGGCGUACCUCCGCUCUGCGGCUUAUGCAUUUGUGCAGCGCGAAGUGGUCGCGAUUGAUUGGCGUGCAUGCCGUGAUGAAUCGGACAAGACGAGAAUGAUGACCUGGAGAACCUACAGGCCACUAAAAACUAUCUUGGACCGUUGUCGAAAGGAGUGCCCCAUUGAUGUGGGGAUGCUUGCGUUGUAA